UUUAUAUUUUGUUUUGAUUCGUGACUUGUGGACUUGUGCAUAUUCAGUAAAACGUGUAUUAUAAUAUUAUUCAUAGUUUUAAACAUUUGUGAAACCAUUUGAGUAAAUGAGACGAAUGUCAUCAGAAGAGGAUCAAGAUGUGUUUGAAAUCACAGAUUUCACCACUGCUUCUGAUUGGGAAAGGUUCAUUGCUCGAAUUGAAGAGGUUUUUCAUGAAUGGAAAUUACCACAGCAUACAUUAGCUCAACCGUUGAAAAAGGGUGAACUCACUGAUGGAACAUGGCUUGAGAAACGAGAACAGCUCAUGUUUGCAUCGUUCCAAUUUGAAGCUGUACAUCAUCAAUUAAAGCAAAAUUCUGCAGAUUAUGAUUCACCAUCAAACCUUGAAAAUGAUGAUGAAGGUGAACCACUUCCCUUUUGCUUGAUGGACAUGAUGUCUAGGGAAAAUGAUUUUCCUCCUAAAGCUCAUUGCCUUGUUCGAUGGUAUGGACUGAGAGAAUUUGUCGUUAUUCAUCCUGCAAAAUCUAAUGAUGCAAUUAUGACAGAAGAUCGAACAAAAAUGCUUUUAAGUUCUGUGUAUAUAGCUGUAAAUAACACUAACUGUCAAGUACCUGUAUUUAUUCAGCUCCAGCAGAUGAGACAAAAGUAUUUUUUAGGUGUGUGUGAAGGUGGUGGCAUUCGUACCAGUUUUGAUAUGGUUCACUUGCAUCGUGCAUUUUCUCAGUACAGUCAUUUAUCUGGCCUCUUGACAUUGUUUAAAUCAAAACUGGCAUCAUCAACAUUGGAUGUCCCACCUGUAUCUCUAUCAAUUCGAUUUACUUAUGUAUUGCAAGAUUGGUCUCCUUGUAGUUGGCCACAACCGCCUCCUGAAAUUGAUGAACUUGGUGAAGAUAUAACUCCAACUGAUAUUGGUAGACUACCCUGUGGUGCAUUAGAAGAUCCAGUUCUGGAGUUUCAUUUAUCUGUCACUUGGCCAUAUUUAUUUGAAGAUGCAAUUGUGGAUAAUGAUAUUCAUUCGGAUUUGAAUCCUGUUUUAUCUCCUAAAUGGUCCAUGCGAAUGAAAACGUCAGAGAAACCAAGUUGUUCAAUGGCUGACUAUUUGAAAGAAUUUGCAAUGCUUGCUCAAGGAUACGAUGCUGAAAAUCAACUGCUUGGAAACAUUGGGCCAGAUGAAGAUGAAAUUAGUAAUCAGAAUAUAACUCAAGCACUUGAUAAGCUUGCACAGCCAAAUGCUGUUCCUUUACCAAGGCUUUCUUCAAUUUUGCCGCAGCCGAAAAACAGGCGACAAUCAGAUUAUCAGCAAAAUAUGAUGAUCAGUGAGGAAGUGUUGAUCAAAAUUUUGCAGUUCAUAUUUCCGGAUUCAGCUCCUACUCCUGUUGAGCCUGAGACUGAUGAAUGGAAAGAUACAUUUAACACUUUAAGUGAACUGCAAAAUAGUGCUUCCUAUGCAAAAAUACAAGAACAUAUUCGAUCUUUUAAGAGCGCCCCAGUCGAUAGUCUCACUUGGAGACUUGCAUUAGCCAUGUGCCAAGUGAAUCACAGUUAUGGUGGAUUAGCCGCAGUUGCUCAGCUUUGGCAAGAUUUCUUGUUGGAAAUGCGACAUCGUUGGGAAAACAACUACACUCUACCAUGCUUGGACCCUGGUGCUCCAAAUAUGACGUAUUGCCUUUUGCAUCAAAAGCUGCAGAUGCUGAACUGCUGCAUCCAGAGAAAGAAGCUCCGGGAGUGGCACCAAGUGCAGGAGAGCUCCGACUCGAUCCCUGACGCAUCGAAACCACUGGCUCCUGGUGAGUCGCCUGAGCAGUGCAGCGAGAGCGACGACGACGAAUUUUUCGAGUGCACCGAAAACUCCUCUGCCUCGUCGGUGGAUUCAAAAGGUUCUAAAAGAAAAUUCGCAGAAGGGCGACUAAGACAACUAGGAGAGUUGAAGCUGAUAAACUCUGAUGAACCACUUUACAUUCCUGUAACACAAGAACCAGCUCCAGUGACGGAGGAUUUAUUGGAAGAGCAAGCCGAAGUUCUGGUACAACUUGGGACUCAUGCCGAGGGCGCUGCACUCAGAGCGAGGAUGCAGAGUGCCUGUCUCAUGUCCGACAUGGAGGCUUUCAAGGCUGCUAACCCGAAAUCUGCUCUCGAAGAUUUUGUGCGAUGGUAUUCUCCAAGAGAUUUAAUUGAAGAGGAAAUCACUGACUCAGAAACGGGGAAAACUUCCAUGAAAUAUUCUCUGAGUCAACGUAUGUUAUUGCCCGGGAAUAUGUGGCUGGAAGCGUGGGAAUCUGCUAAACCAGUUCCAGCAAGAAGGCAAAAAAGACUUUUUGACGAUACUAAAGAAGCUGAAAAAGUGCUUCAUUUUCUUGCCUCUGCGAAAACAUCAGAUGUCAUUACGUACCUCAUGCCGAUGUUGGUGCACUGUGCUUUGCUCCAACUUGCUGAAGAAGACGAUUGUCCUCAGUCUCUGCCUGUAAAACUGGAAGAAACUGCCAUGAAGGCUUCAAAAGUAAUGAGACACCCUGAGCCAAAGUAUGAUAGUGUCUUGAGAUGUUUGUACCAAGCAGAAGUCAUCGUAGCUCAAAUCCAUUCCGUCAGCACGAAGUUUGGUCUGAUCUGCAAUGUUGACGACAUGCAAGAUGAUGUCAACGACGAAGUGUCUUCUCCCCCAUCUCAAGAGCACUUCACAAAGUUUUCCCGUCGUAAAUCAAGCUUGAAGGGCAACGAAAAGUUUUCCGAACAACAAGAGAUUCGCAAGUUCGUACUGAAUCUUCUGGACAACUACGAAGUGGAUGUUCCAGGCGCGGGCAAAGGAACUGUGGGAAAACGGAUUCGGCAUCUAUUUGCUGAAGCUCAAAGGGCAUCGCACCUGAUUUUGGAUGAAAAACCUUUAGCUGCACCUUCCACCCCAACUGAAUCCGGUUCGCACCAUCCAACGAUAUCCGAGUUCCCAUCUCCUUCAGGGAAAGAAUUCAUUUUGAGGACUUCAAUGUCUCGACCACCAGGGUGCACUGCGACUCCUCAACGGAUGUAUUGCGUCAUCACAAGGGAAGAAUUCCGAUUGGCUGGAGCUUUUAGUGAAGAUACUACUUUUCUGUGAAAAAAUCUCCGAGUGAAAAAACAUCGAAGCACUUUUUGUAUUUCAUUAAAAUUUUUAUUAUGAUAUUCAUGAUCUGACCCUUGAACGUAUGUAAAUAUAAAAAAAUGACUCACCAGGAACAUUGUUAAUAGUAAUUUUCCUUCCAUAAUGGCUACAGCGGUAACCAGUUAUGUAAACCACUAAUUUUCACUUUCUAUUUUACAAUUGAACUUCUUGAACUUUUAAACAUAUUAGUUGAUGCUUCCAUCCUAGUUCAUAAUUUAAUUUCAGAAUUUCACCAUUGAUUGAACGUUACCUUCCCAAUUUGAUUUGUUAAUUUUACCUUUAGUUGAACGCAACCUUCCCAAUUUAACUUUUAAAUUUUAUUUUGACUGAGCGCUAUCUUCCUAAUAUAAUUUCGGAAUUUCACUGUUGGUUAAACGUACCUUUCUUUCCUCAUUUCUGUGCCUCAAAGCUCGCGCGCUUAUAAUAAUGGUGAAGAAUUAUAAAAGAUUCAUUUUAUGUAAUUACAUUGUUAUGGCUCAAUGCAGAAUGAAAUUAUAUACACAGAGCAGUAAUAACCUUAAAAUCAACAUUUUUUGAUUUACUUGAGUCAGACCCUGAAUUACAGAUUUGAUUUCGGAACUUCCCCAUUGGUUGAACGCUGCUUUCUCAAUUUAACUUUGAAAUUUCACCAUUGGUUGAACGCUGCUUUCCUAAUUCAACUUUGAAAUUUCCCCAUUGGUGGAACGCUGCUUUCCUAAUUCAACUUUGAAAUUUUACUAUUGGUUAAACUCCAUCUUCCUCCUUUAAUAUUGGAAUGUCACUUCUUCCGUUUUCAAAUUUUGUACUCUAUUGUUUCGAAAAUUCUUUUCAAUCGAAACUGUAAGUUAAGGAGAAAAUAUUUUAAAAUUAUUGUAUUUUUCGGCAGCAUUUUAAAUAUUAAAUAUUUUGGUGUAAAAAGGUAUCUGAAAAGCAAUGAAAGAUUUAUAUGUUGCAAAGAACAAAAACGGUAUGCAUGGAAGAAUUUAUGAAUUUUAUAUUUUCUUGCUGGUAACCUUAAUUAGCAUAUUUUUAUAAGCUAAUUAAAUUUUAAAAAAUAUUUGUUGAUAAUUAUCAAUAAAACAGAAAAAUAAAUUUAACUAAUGAUACAAUGUAAGUAAACCAUGAGAACAAACAGCUGCUUUCUUUUCAUAGCCGGUGCAAUUUUAACCUAACAUAUGAUAAAUGCAAAAUAACUUAAAUUAAACAGAAUAAGAGUUUUUAUACAACUCAUAUACGUCAACAAUUUGAAAUAUAUUCAAUUUAUUCAUUGUGUAAGUUAGGCAUGGAUGAUUCAAACGUGCUAAGAAAAUUUUUACUUUGAAAUACAGUAUUUUUCUAAAGUUAUGCAGAACUAAGAUGAACUAAAUCAAAUUAGCAAACAAUUUAAAAAUUAAGGAACAAGAAAAAAAAUUCGAAAAAAAAAUAGCGAUGUGUAAAAAUCUAUGAAUUUUAUUGUGAUGGAAUAAGAUUAAAAUCAACUAAGGAAUUUAAUUGAAAAUACCAGAAAAAGCAUAAAGAUUGUUGAUUUCAUAAUUAUUCUUGUGAAGUUUUUGUCUAGAGUUUAAGAAAAUGUUUGAGUGUAAUGGAGUAGCCUAACAAACAAAAUUGAUUUUCCUAUUAUUUCGUAAAAAAUAAAUAAAUCACGUUUGGAAACAUUUUGGUAUAAAUGCUUUUUAAUAUGCGUUUUUUAGAAUAUUUAACACAGGAUAUGCCAUAACUUUUUUUAUGCAAUUAGUUAAAUAAGUAUGAGUUCAACUUAACUCGACAAUAACAAUUCCCACUUUCGUUUUACUUACCAAGAAAAAUAAAGUUUCUCAAGAUCAAGCUUUUUCUUAACAGGACCCGAGGCAUAGUAAUUUUUUCUGCACAAAUACACAAUAGAACAUUAAAUCUUCAGUAUAGUAAGUAAAAUAACCUUUUUUUUAAAAAUAAUAUGUUUGAUUGAGAUAACUCUUUUUAUGCUUGAUUAAUUGUGUCGUACUAUUUGAAGUGUGAUCAAUGGAUGAAGAAUAUGCUUAAUUAAAUACCAAAUGAUUUUUUAUGUAAGAAAUAUAGACUAAAAAUACCAGCUACAAAGAUGUUUAAUAAACAAAUAUAGGACUCUUUAAAUAUCUUUUUGAAUAGUUCUAGAAAAGAAAAAGGUUUCACUUUCGAACUAUUAACUUCUUAUAGUCUGGUAAAGGAAGUAUAUAAGACUAUUUUUCGAACUUAACUACGUUCUGAAGGUUGAAGUUAAUGUGUAGGUUGCUUUGUUCUUUUGGGUACAUUCAUAUUUAUUUAAU